GGAAUCUCCCUCCUAACCCCCACAUCAAGAGAGUACGAAUCGUUUAGACUUCAGACGCAUGGUGUAUAGGUGGCUACGUAGAUAGUUGUAGUAUUAACUGCUCACUGCGCAUGUGAUAUUAUCGUCGCCAUUUUGUGCAACCUACCGUUUGCUCUGCAAAUCUAACGUACAACGUUUAUUGCUUCCUAUGUGCCACAGUGUGCUGCGAUUAUCCUGUAAUCGGUAUUGCGUUAUGAUUGUGUUGACGUGUAUUUUAUCAAGCUAUAUAUGAAUUCUAUACCCUGUGAUUAAUUCACAUUCCAUGUAUCGCAGUAUCAUUACUGGAUUUUGAUAUGCAGUGCUGACUUCAACAAUUCCGUUGUUCUGUGAACAUCAAGAAAAAGAAACUGGAUUGCAAGCAGUAUAUAAUAUGGCCAGAGUAGCAACAUAUCAACGAAAUGUGAAUGUUGUACUUACUGAUAUAUUUACAGGACCAACAAAUAAUAUAGAGAAUCAAAAUGGUAUCAAGAUUAAGGAAGAACCUGUCGAUACAACAGUAAACACUUUCACGACCGAAGAUUGUACAUUAGAAAACAAUAAUGAUUUAAUAGAGCAAAACAAAUCUUUACAAACGGGCGAUUCAUAUGAAGUUAUAAAUAACAAAGAAACUGAACACUUAUCUGAUAGCAAUUUUGUAUAUUUAAAUAAUAAAAAAGAAUGUCGUAAUUUAAAGCGUAAACGUACAAAAGAUGCAGAGAAACAGACAUAUAAUACUUUAUCCCCGUCUACAAAACGACGUAAAUGUUCGAAUAAAGUUUCUAAAGAUACUACUUCAUCUUGCACUACAUUAAUCGAGAAUUUUAAGAAAAUGAGAAAAAAACGAACUAAAAUCGGAAUGAAUAUGAAAGUCAAAAUACAUCGUAAAACUAAACCAGAGAACAAAGGUUCUGUACAAUGUGAUGUAUGUUUUAGAGACUUCGAUAAUCAGAUGAAUUUAGAAUUUCAUGUAAAGUAUUAUAAAGGAGUUUUUAUAUGCAAAAAUUGUAACUCGUAUUAUGAAACACAAAGUAAAUUAGUCAUACAUAGUAAGACCUGUAAUCUUAACCCAACUUGCAAUAUGCAGCGAUGGAACCUAUUAUGUAACUUUUGCAAUCGUAAAUUUAAAGUGAAAUAUGGGUUACAGUCUCAUUUGUUUCAUUCACAUGGAGAAUUAAUAUAUUCAGAUAAUACAGAUAUUUGCAAACCUGCAUCCGAAAAUCUUGUAAAUACAUAUUGCCAAAAUGAUACCUUGAAGAUUAACGCACAUGAAGAAUCAUCAUCGACUAAUCUUGUUGAAUCCAAAAACCUAAAUAAAUCUUUCAAAAAUGACACAAUGAAAACUACAAACUCAAACAGUGAAGAAUCGUUAUCUACUGCUGAAAUGUUGAGUUCGAAAAAAUUGCGACAACCAACACUAAUGGAAUACUUGGAGCUCUACAAAAGAAACUACAAUACUAAAAAUUACCAACGUGAUUUGGAUGACACAAAGAAUGACUUAUCUAUGAGUGCUACCAAUACAAAAGAUGAUAACUCUCUGUCUACAAAAUCAAAUCUUAAAAAACCAACAACAAAUUUUACUCUAAAACAAGAUACAAAUCGUGAACCAGGUGUUGAACAGCCUCUUGUAACACUACACGCAAAUGUUGAAACGAUGAUAUCUUGUUUCAAAAAAGAUCCUAAUGUGAUUGCCAAAAAAGAAAUUAUUAGUAAUCAUGUAGAUGACACAAUCUUAUAUGAUCGAAAUGAAAUACCCUAUAGCUUAAGAUCUUUUCAGAGUAGUUCUAGCACGAGAUCGAAUUCAAAAAAAACGAGAACUAGAAAUUCAUCUAAAAAAUGGAAAACUAUUAUGACUCGUUUUAAGUGUAAGAAUUGUACAGUGCUUUUGACACGAUGUGACAAAAAACCGAAUAAUGAUGAUCAGAUUCCUAUAGUGGAAACCACUAAAGAAGAUGUUUCUCUGAACACCCAAAGCAACUCGUGUUUAUUUCAAGAAACUGAUAUACAAGCAGAAGUAGUGUUUAAAACAUUAGAAGUUUCUCUUGAACGCAUAAAACCUGUUCCAGCUCUAGAUCUAAAAGCGAGGACAGUGUCAGAUGUGGAAUAUCUCGAUGACAAAUGUUAUACAUGCAGUGUUUGUAAGAAGAGUUUUUCUUCAAAAGAGAAUAAACAUAUGCAUAUUAAAUCUUGUCACAUAGCGUACAUGUCAAGUAUAUGCAAUGCUCGAUACACAUCGAAACAUAGCUUACUUCAACAUUAUUUAUGCGAACAUUUACUUGAACAAACUCAAUGUUGCGUUUGCUAUACGUCAUUUUCCGAUUAUGAAGCUUUGAAGGAACACUUAAAUAUACACUGUCUGAAGUAUAUUUACAAAGAGACUGACAAAUACGCAGUAGAUGUUGAGACAAAAUGUAAUUCAAAUAAUGAAAAUUAUGAGUGCUGUUAUUGUAACAAUAUAUUCUCGUCACAAUCAACUCUGAUGAUACAUCAAAACCAAUGCACAACACAAAAACAAGUGGAAAAUGAGAAAAGUAUGGUGCAAGAAAUAGAAAAUGAGAAAAGUACUGUACAAGAACUAAAUAAGGAGAUUGUAAAUAUCAUCUCUGAAGAGGAACACAACAACAACGCCGAUGGAACUACAUUACCUGACAAAGAGAUCAUUUCUAAUGACUUAUGUGAAGUUAGUAACAAUUCUAAAGAGAUAUCAAUUAUGCGUCGAAUAUCAGAAUCAGAAAAAGAAGUAAAUUUUGAAGAUGAUAACCAACCUUCUUUUCUUGGUAAUCUGUUAUCUUCAAUACAAUCUGUAAUUGUGGAUGGAAGUGAAACUAUCACAGAAAAUUCUGAACGGAGCUUAGACGAUUCCCUACUUAACAAGGAUGUUUUAAAUAUAGAGCGAGAGCUUACUGAAAUAAAUACCAAUAUUUAUCCGUGUAGUAUAUGUGGAAAGCAAUUUCAAAGUUCGAAAAACUUGCAACAACACAUACGCUCUUUUAGCAAUACCACCGAUGUUUGUCCAUUAUGUGAGACUGCGUUUAGUUCUAAACGUCUUCUACAAUCACAUAUUGUUGCAGCACAUGUACCACAAAUCUCAAAAACUUACAAUUUUCAUUGUAUGUUUUGUAAUCAAGGUUUUGUUAAAAAAUAUGAACUUCGACCUCAUGUAUUACAUCUGCACGGUCAGCAAAUGUUUCGUACUUUUAUGCGCGAUUCUCACAACAAUCCAGAUAACCUUGACGGAUUGUGUACCGGAGUAUGUGACAUAUGUAAUAUAAAGUUUGAGACGCGUGAUCGUUACGCAGAACAUAGAAUGUAUUAUUAUAAAAAUCAUAAGUUUACAUGCUCGAUCUGCAGAAAAGACUUUCAAGGUAUGUAUAUGUUUCAUCAUCAUUACAAACUUGCACAUUACUCAGAAAAUAAACGUAACUCCUAUAAGUAUAUUUGUGACAUAUGCAACGAGGGAUUUAAUCAUGAGUCACAUUUUCAUUCCCAUAAAAUGCAUGUUCAUGUAAAUAAGGAAACUUCGAUUGCAAUAGCAAAGAAAUCCGAAAAUAGGAAGCUAAUUGAUCAUGCAUUUGAAGUUCAGAAGAUCUGGAAUACUAUGGAACAACGAAAAGGAAGUAACCAUUUAUCUACUACUGAUGAGUACGUAUGUACGAUCUGCGAGAUAAAGUAUACGAAUAUUGAUGAUAUAUUAAAUCACAUCGUAGUAUAUUCCACUUCUGGUAAUUUUAAAUGUGAUAAAUGUGACAGACAAUGUAAGACACGUGAUGUGCUCGAGCAACAUAAAAAAUUAACUCACAUUUGUCGCGAUGUUUAUAACGGAUAUUUAUGCCAUAUUUGUGGUGAAAUUCUGGAAACAAUUACAUCAUUACAAUGUCAUGAGAAACAUUUCCAUUCAAAUGCAAAGAGUAUUGAGAAUCAAUCAAAUACUAAUAACAACAAAUAUAGGUGUUUAUUCUGUGGUUUAACGUUCUUGUCUGCUGAUAUUGUUCAAAAACAUAUUAAUGUGGAUCAUAAUGAUAUACUAGCUAAACACUUUACCUUAAGGCCUGUACAGUUCACUAGUGACAAUAACGUGAUACAAAAGAAGUCUGUUCAGCAAUUGGUUCAAGUUAAUCAAACAUUAUCUGGAAAUAAUCCCUCAACUCAAUCUUUAACAAAACGAUCUAAUAAUAUUGCACUUGAUAUGACUAUACAGAAUAGCAAUAACACAACAAUUACGAAAUCAUAUUACAAACACCAAGUAAAACAUGUAUUUGAAAAUAAUUAUAAAGAGAAAUUAACACAAGAAAAACCAACUUCUGCAAUCGUAUCAUCAUCUGAGAAUCAUGCAAUCGUAUCAUCAUCUGAGAAUCAUGCAAUCGUAUCAUCGUCUGAAGUCAAUAUUUCAUCAACAUCUGCUACUUCAACAGCUACUACAUCAAGUAAUGAGUCCAAAGUUGCUACAUCAGUUCCUUCAUCGAUCGAAUUAUUUAAUGAGCCUCAAUCACGCCCUAGUAUUUUUUUAAAUUCGUCAAAGAAUGACUGUAAAAUCAAUUCAAUUUCAUUAACAAAUAACUCUGCUAAUCCAGUAAUAACAGUUCCUGUAACUUCAGCAACUGGAGUACUUAAGAUUAUACUCGCCAACAAACAAGACAAGAAAAUCAAAUCUGUAAAACAAGCUAUCGAAUCAGCAAGCCUUCUAGCAAAUAGCUGUAAUUAUGUAUGUCCUGUAUGUUCGUUAGUCUAUCCAUCUUUAAUGUUUUUCCACGCUCAUUUGAUAUACGCACAUGCAAGUUAUAUUCGUAAUGAUACAUGUAGAUUACAGUCAACUCAGACCUCAAGUGGUCAGCUAAUCUCUGUUGAUAAGUCAAUUCCGGCGUUCUCUGCAAUAGAAUGUUUGUUAUGUCCAGCCAUAUUUACUAACGAAACCUCUUAUAAGAUACAUUUAAAAAAUUUUCAUACUCGUCGUGUGAUUGCUCUUAACGAGACGAUAAAUAGUAAUA